CAAUCAGCGAGGAUCUUCCCGACAGAGAUUUGUAAGAUGGCGACUGCCGACCCGGAAACCAACCCGAGUCCUUCCCAACCUGAAGAAGAUGGAGCAGUGGAAACUGGACAGGAGGUCGUGAGCCCUGAAGCUUACAUCAAACAUCCCCUUCAGAACAGAUGGUCUCUUUGGUUCUUCAAGAAUGAUAAGAGCAAAACAUGGCAGGCCAACUUGCGACUCAUCUCUAAAUUUGACACAGUUGAAGAUUUCUGGGCUCUCUACAACCACAUCCAGUUGUCAAGCAACCUCAUGUCAGGCUGCGAUUACUCCCUCUUUAAGGAUGGCAUUGAACCCAUGUGGGAGGAUGAGAGGAACAAGCGGGGCGGACGCUGGCUGAUGACACUCACCAAGCAGCAAAGGAGAUCCGACCUGGAUCGCUAUUGGCUGGAAACUCUCCUGUGCUUAGUGGGAGAGGCCUUUGACGACUACAGCGACGAGGUGUGCGGGGCUGUCGUCAACAUCCGCAACAAAGGAGAUAAAAUAGCCGUCUGGACAUCGGACUAUGAGAAUCGGGAGGCUGUAACACACAUAGGGAGAGUUUACAAGGAGCGCUUGGGGCUUCCCUUGAAGAUGACUAUUGGUUACCAGUCUCACGCAGACACAGCUACCAAAAGUGGUUCAACCACCAAGAACAAGUUUGUCGUUUGAGAAGUAUCGUCUGUGCCUCUUUUCAUUUACUUGUCUUAUCUGUUGUUGGUGCAUAAGUUUACUUUGCUGCAAAGACUCUGCAAAUGCAACCUGGAGGAAGAACCCAGAAAUCCAGACUACACAUCACAUUUUCCAUAAUCAGCCCAGGACUUUUAAAACGGGAAAGAAAACCAAAAACACAAAACACCCACAAAACGUCCAAGACACUAACAAGAGGAGAUUUUGGUUGAGAAUAAUUUUUAAUAGUGAUUGACACUAUUAAAGAAAUUCUGUUGUUUUUUUUGAAUGGCAGGGAAUCCUGAAUGAAAAAAUUGUUUAUUUCUAUCAUUUUUAUACAGCAUUGUUUUGCUGUAGUCCUUAAUAACAUUAAACACUUAAUUUAUUUCUUUAAUUUGCCUGCAUAUUAUUACAACUUUUGUUUUAUGCUUUAUUUGCCUUGAACUGUUGCAUGUAAUCAAUCUUUUAA